AAACGAAAACCCUAGAUGAAACACUUUGUAUAAAAAGGAAGCACUGAAUCCCUACAAUAUCACCGCAUUCCUCAAAUCAGAAUAGCAGCAAUGGGUAUUUGUACAGUUCAGCCUAUCCCUCUCUCGAAACUUCCUAACGCUUCCUAUUCUCUCCCUAAGCCCUCUCUUUCUCGCAGAGUAAUCCUUACCACUCCCACCGCCACACUUUUUUCUCGAUCUAUUUUCUUGAGAAAUUUGUUGCCAAGGGCUACACCUUCCGAAGAAAUAUCCGGUGGGUCAAGUCAGUUUUUCAAUGAGAAACGCGAUGUUGUGAUAACCCUGGAAGAGGGUAAAGCUGAUGAUAAAAAGGAGUUGGAAGAAACGGUGAACGAAGACGCAAGAAAAGAGUUACCAGAAGAAGGACCGAGUUUGUCUUUUGAUUUCCUGGAUAAGUUCAAUCUUGACACAAAUGACACUGGUUCCAUUGUCUUGUAUGGAGGUGGUGUCUUGACGGCUCUGUGGCUAACAACCGCAGUUGUUGGUGCAAUUGAUUCUAUCCCAUUGUUCCCUAAGUUGCUGGAAGUUGUUGGGCUUGCAUACACAGUAUGGUUCACUUCCCGAUAUCUGCUUUUCAAGCAAAGUAGAGAUGAACUGUCUACUAAAAUAGAGGAGCUAAAGGAGCAGGUUUUUGGUUCAGAAGAUAAUUGAUUUUUGUGUUUCCACUUCAUGAUUGUACAGUUGCUUCUGGUUUAGUCAGGGGAAUGUGAUAUUAGUCUGCCCCUUGGUGAGCCUUUCCUCUAUAUGCAGCCUCCCAUUAGUGUUGGUUGAGAAUUAAAAAUAUACCCAGCAACAGUUUUCACAUAUUCAAGGUAUUUUUACCGUAUGGCCAAAUUGCCUUUUCCAUUUUUUUUUCUAUCUUUAUCGACUUCUAAAAUAAAAUAGAUUAUGUUGACA